AUGCAAGAAGUAGAAAUGAUGAACAAAGAAAUACAAGUGGAAGUAGUAAAAGAUGAAGUUAUACGAAAGAUCUCUAUAAUGCAGAAAGAGAUUGCUGAAUUAAAACAUAAGAGAUCUUCAUAUACAGGAACGUCAAGAACAACAGCUUGGAGGAAAAAACAAAAAACUGAUACAUCAUUAAAUGUGAAAGCAUCACCUGAUUUGUCGCACUUGUUUCUAGCUGUUGAUACUAUGAAACGACUACAAUUAUCACAACCGCCUUCAGAAACACUGUUAGCCAACGCUUUAUCAUUAGUAUCACGAUCAUCUUCAUCAAUACCACCUACUGAAAUUAUAGAACAAACGCCUUCUCAGACAGCUACAUAUAAUUCACCAUCUAUUAAUAAAGAAAAAUUAGAAAUGCGUUGUACGUGUUGUCCAAUUGCCCGACGUAGUGAGGUAAUUGAGGGUUAA